AUUAUAAGGCCAGCGUAUUCCGCCGCUAUUUCUCAAGCCAUUUCUCGGCAGUCAGGAUGACUAGUGUAGCAAAACAAGUAGCGAACAAUACCUAAUGCAGGAUCCCGCAUACUACCCCCAGCAUCCCUGAAUAGUAGGCUAUGCUAGUUAGUGUCUACCAGUGACUACCAGUCUACCACACCUCUGCGGCACGACUUCACGGCACUCAAUCGACAGUGCUAGCUGUUCCGAACCUACCGAAGCUUUUUGCAACUAUUCGGCUCCUGCCCGUCGAAGCCGCAUCACAUGGCCACGUCAAUACUCACCCUGAGGGGUGCCACUCUUGUCUCGGGACUUGAGUCUGUCCUGAUCUUCAAAUCCUUCCCCGACUUCGCCGAGACAUACUUCCAGAGCCUUUCCAAACUGGUACUAUCGGUGUUUGCUUUCAAUUAUGCGCUGUUAUUUCUAUACUCGGCAGUCAUAUACCCUGAUUUUGUUAGCCCCUUGCGACACUUUCCCAGACCCAAGCGAUGGCUAAGCCGAAUGAUCUACACUCGACUCUUCACGAAGAGGACGCAAGGCCAGCUGUUGCAAGAGCUGAUCCAGCAGGUUCCCAACGAUGGGAUACUGGCGUUGAGAGAGCUGACGGACAUCCGGCUGUUGGUCACCAAGCCGUCCGUGUUGGCGGAGCUGUUCGUGCACCAGUCCUAUGAUUUCGAGAAGCCCCCGAACAUGCGCAAGUUCCUGGGUAAAUUGAUCGGGAAUGGCCUCAUCACGGCGGAGGGAGACAGCCACAAGUUCAUGAAGAAGAACAGCCAGAAUGCGUUCAGCUUCCGCCGCGUCAGGGAACUCUACCCCAUGAUGUGGGAUCACUCCCUUGACUUCACAGAGGCAUUGAGGAGCACUAUCAAACAGCAGAGCGAUGAGAACAAUGUCGAUGAGAAACACUUGACAGGAAAAGUCGAGAUCCUCGGUUGGGCAAGUAGGAUAACUUUAGACAUCAUUGGCGUUGCCGGGUUCGGGCUCAAGCUUAACGCGCUCGAGGGCGCAGACAACGCUUUCGUGAGGAGUUACAAGACACUGUUCAGCCCUAGCAAGGAGAUGCUCUUGUUUUUCGCGCUCUCCGCCUGGUUCUCCGCUGGCCUAGUUCGCAUGAUCCCGUGGAGAAUGAACAAAGUCUUCGAAGACACAGAGAAUACCUUGUCCGAAGCUUGCCUUCGCCUCGUAAGAAGCAAGAGACAAGCGAUUCAGAACAAGGAGGACGGCCAUAUCGAUAUCGUUUCCCUUCUUAUUAAGUCUGGGCAUUUCACAGACGAAAGUCUCUGUGAUCAGCUGCUCACACUCCUCGCAGCCGGUCAGGACACAACGGCCCUCAGCCUAACCUGGGCUACUUACCUCCUUGCAAUCGACCCAGCUCGGCAGACUCGUCUCCGCCGCGAAGUCCAAGAAGCACUUGCUUCGGUGUCAGAUCUAGAAAAGGACGAACAGCACAUCUCCAACACACUCGAACGCCUGCCCUACCUCGGCGGUGUGAUAAGCGAGACGCUUCGCCUAUAUCCCGCUGUCCCCGUCACGAUCCGGGUAGCAUGCCGCGACACAUCUCUCGACGGGAAGCCAAUCCCUAAGGGCACCGAGAUGCUCAUCUCGCCGUACCUAGUCAACCGCUCCCCCGACUUGUGGGGUGCGGAUGCGGAGGAGUUCCGACCGGAGCGCUGGAUUGAGAAGGACGGACGGCCGAACAACACCGGGGGCGCGGGUAGCAAUUACGAGUUUAUAACAUUUCUGCACGGCCCGAGGGUGUGCAUCGGGCAGGGCUUUGCGAGGGCUGAGCUGAGAUGUCUGCUCGCGGCGUUUGUGACGCGGUUUGAGUGGUCGUUGGCGAUGGAUGAGAGAGAUGUUAUUCCGGGAGGUACGAUUACGCUCUCGCCGAUGCGGGGGAUUCAUGUGCAGCUUAAGGCGAUUGAUGAAUGAUGUAUACCUUAUAUAUAGGUAUUUUGUAUACCCAGCAUUUCCCCUUGAUCUAUCAACAUUUGUACGACUUUGUGUGCGUAGGUACCGAGAUAUCCAAUCAGUUUGUGCAGUUGUCUCGAUUCUUAAUUGUUACAUACAUGUAUGUCAUGUAGAUUGAUGUUGUGUGAUGGAAACUGAAAAUAUCCAUUGUGUGUUUGUGACACUCGGUAAUUAUUACCAGACCUAUCAGUGGUUAUCACUACUACUA